CGCCGCCAACCUAUCUACCAUGAUCCAGGAACGUGGUACCGGUAUUCAGGUUAUGUUAGGGGAGGUAACCAAGUCCAGGUUGAAGGUUGACCUCAUCUCACCUCACAUGCCUGCCCGCUCGCUUGCCCUGCUUGAUGAUAGCUUGAUUUCCACGCACACCAACGCCUCCACGCUACGCCCCCUUUGUGCUCAAGCUCCGGCUAGCAGCUUGAGUAACUCGGUCUCGAAGGGCUAAUAUAAAAGGAUCCCCUUUCUUGGCUGUCCCUGGAUCGAAAGGGCUGGUCCCCUUCUGUCCUUCCCCUCAUCAUCCCAAGCCUCUUCCUCCUCAGCAGCCGCAGAAUAUCUUCCUCCUACAUACAUACAGCAACAGCCCAUUGAACAGCCACCUUUUCACCCACACCAAAACAAACACCAAAAUGGACGCCCUCAACAAGCUCACCGGCAAGACCUCCGGCCAGCCCGCUGCUGGUGCCCCCGCCCCCGGUGGUGCGCCCGCCGGCCAGAAGGACGACUACGUUGACAAGGCCUUUGCCUUCGGCGCCAAGAAGUCGGGCCACAACGUCGACCAUAACACGGCCGAGAAGAUCACCGACGGCGCCCGCGGCCUGUACGAGAAGGCCACCGGCAAGAAGGUCGACCCCAAGAUCUCCAACUAAAGACGUCUCUCUUUUGUCUCUAUAUCUGCGUCACCCUCGUGGGAGCAAGCGAUCGGGCCAUUAUGUGAAGGUGGUGUCUCGGGCACCUGGCGUUCUGAUGGAUGGAAUGGAUACCUAGGCACAGGAGGGCACUCUCUUCCUGCGACAGACACUGCUACAGACUUUUGACGAUACCACGUGUUUUAAUUGCCAUGAUAGAUGGCCUCCAAUGGAAGUUUGUGUAUGAGAAA